AUGCUUUUUACCAACAUGAAUGGUCAAACUUGUUUGAUACCAAAGGUCAAUAUAACGGAAUUUAUUGAUGAUAAUAAUAAUAUUGAUGAUAUUGAUAAUGUUAAUCUUGAUGAUGAUCAUAAUAUUGUUGUACGACGUCAUCAUCAUCAUCAUCAUCAUCAUCAUCAUCAUCAUCAUCGUCGUCGUCGUCGUUGUACAAAAAAAUCAUCACAAAAUCGUCAUUCAUUAUUCACAUUUUCAUCCGUACAUGUUCCCGGUUCGUCAUUUAUACGACGUUCACUAAGCCCGUUUAGAUGGCGCCGUAGUUCACAAAUAGUGAUGAUCGAUCCAAAUGAAUCAAAAUAUCAUGAUGAUAUUCUGGAUUCGGAUUCCACAUCAUCAUCAUCAUCAGAAUCUGAUUCCGAAUCUACAUGUUCAUUUGAAUCAUGUUCAUCAUGUGCAAUGAGUAAGUAA